AUGUUCAAGUCGUUCAUCAUCAUCUACGCCAUCGCUGCCCUCGCGGGCGCCCAAGACGCUCCCGUCUUUACGGCCGAUCGAGUAGUCAACAAGGUCGUUGACGAAGCCCCGUUCCUCACAGUCUCGACGGAAUUCAUUACUUGGACCCAGAGUCCCAGUAUCAUCGAAUCAGACGUGUCUACGACCUCCGCAACCGUGUCCGUAGGCUUUUGA